AUGGAAUUCUGCGGUUAUACCUCCGUCCCAAAGAAGGGAGCACAGGCGCAGCCGCUCCAGUGCCAUGGACUCGUCGCCGAUGGUACACACGAACACGUCGGUGAUGUCACUUGUAAGGUCGCAGUGGUCAACCGCCUUCAUCAGGCGUUCGAUGCCUACCGACAUGCCGACAGAUGGAACGCUCCUUCCGGAGAGUACACCGAUCAGACCGUCGUACCGGCCGCCCGCGCCGACGGAGCCGACGGAGGCACCAGUGAGCACAGCUUCGAAAAUGACACCAGUGUAGUAGUCCAACCCUCUAGCGAGGCUGAGAUCGAAGGAGAGCUCGUCUGCUGUGACGCCGUACGCCGAUAG